UUAUAAUACGUGACACCCACCACCCUCAUUUUCACGCCGCUCUCUCUCUCUCUCUCUCUUCUUUCUCUCUCUACGUUUCUUUUUACAGUCUCAAUUUUCCGAGCGUUUCUCACCAUUUUCUCGUCCAUUUUCUCAGCAACCAAACAGCACAAAACCGAAUCUCGAACCUCGCGAUGGCGCUGAAUUUCUAGCUUCCACUUCCACAUUCCCUCAAACCAGAGUAAUCAACCUUGCUGACAGAGAAAAAUGAAGUCUCUGUUGUUUUGCUUCACGGUGUUCGCUUUCGCCAUUGUUGCAAGCUCGGAUCUCGCUUCCGACAGGGCGAGCCUGGUGGCGUUACGCGCCGCCGUGGGAGGGAGAACCUUCCUCUGGAACAUGACGGAGGCUGAACCAUGUUCGUGGACCGGCGUUACCUGCAACAACGGGAGGGUCACGGCGCUGCGGUUACCCGGGAUGGGACUCAUCGGCGAGAUUCCGGCGGGGUUAGGGAACCUGACGAAGCUUCAAACGCUUUCGCUCCGUUUCAACGCGAUAUCCGGUCCGAUUCCGGUUGAUUUGGGGAACCUUGUGGAGCUUCGGAACCUUUACCUUCACGGAAACUUGUUCUCCGGCGAGGUUCCUGAGAUUCUGUUUGGUUUGAAGAAUCUCGUGCGGUUGAAUUUGGGGCGGAACAAUCUCACCGGAGAAAUCUCAACGAAGUUCAAUAGCCUUGUUCGAUUGGAUUCUCUCUACUUGGAGCACAACGGGUUCACUGGUUCAGUCCCUGAUCUCAGUGUUCCUCCUCUGACUCAGUUCAACGUGUCGUUCAAUCGGCUAAACGGGUCGAUUCCGAGCAGGUUUUCGCGUUUGGUUAGAAGCGCUUUUGAAGGGAAUUCUCUCUGUGGAAGGCCCCUGCAACCUUGCCCUGGUGACAACAACAGCGAGAGCGACAGCAAGAACCUAUCUGGGGGUGCCAUUGCUGGAAUUGUGAUUGGUUCUUUGUUUGGUGUGUUGUUGAUUCUGAUCCUUGUGUUCUUCUUGUGUAAGAGAACAAAGAAGAGUGGUGAUUCCUCUGGUGUUCCAACUUCAAAGGGUGUUGAGGCUGUUGCAAUGGUGCCUCGGGAGAAGGCGGGUAGAGACAGUGAGAGUGGUUUUGUGAGUAAUUCAGUUUCCGCGGCGGCGUCGGUGGCUACGGGGGAGAAGAGUUUGAUUUUUGUUGGCAAUGUUGAUAGAGUUUUCAGUUUGGAUGAGUUGCUGAGGGCUUCUGCUGAAGUGUUGGGGAAAGGAACGUUUGGAACUACUUACAAGGCCACCAUGGAGAUGGGGCGGAGCGUGGCGGUGAAGAGGUUGAAGGAUGUUACAGCGACGGAGAUGGAGUUCAGGGAGAAGAUUGAGGAGGUGGGGAAGCUGGUUCAUGAGAAUUUGGUCCCACUUAGGGGCUAUUAUUUCAGCAGAGAUGAAAAGCUUGUUGUGUAUGAUUACAUGCCAAUGGGAAGCUUAUCUGCGCUGUUACAUGCAAACAAUGGAGCUGGCAGAACUCCACUGAACUGGGAAACAAGGUCUGCUAUAGCCCUUGGUGCUGCCCAUGGAAUUGCAUACCUGCAUUCACAGGGUCCAACAUCUUCCCAUGGAAACAUCAAGUCAUCAAACAUCCUCCUCACGAAAUCAUUCGAACCUCGUGUCUCUGACUUUGGCCUUGCAUAUCUUGCUCUCCCGACCUCCACCCCGAACCGCAUCUCCGGCUACCGCGCCCCAGAGGUCACUGACGCCCGCAAAGUAUCGCAGAAAGCAGAUGUCUACAGUUUUGGCAUAAUGCUCUUGGAGCUGCUAACAGGGAAGCCUCCUACUCACUCUUCCCUGAAUGAAGAAGGGGUGGACCUCCCAAGAUGGGUCCAAUCUGUGGUUCAAGAUGAGUGGAACACUGAGGUUUUCGACAUCGAGCUUCUGAGGUACCAAAAUGUUGAGGAGGACAUGGUGAAACUCUUGCAGCUUGCUCUUGAAUGCACUGCUCAGUACCCUGACAAGAGGCCUUCCAUGGAUGUGGUAGCAAGCAGGAUUCAGCAACUUUGUCAUUACAGUUUAGAGAAAGGGGAGAAGAAUCAGCAAGAUUCGUUUAGAGAUGCAGAGAGUGGAUUUUCCCAACAGUACUACUCAAGUGACUCUGGUUUAUCACAAGCUUGAAUAUUGAAUUGAAGAAGAGAGAGCUCAUUAUUUCGUCAUUGGCCUGUUUUUGGAAUGCAUAUGAUAUGAUGCUAUUGUUUGUUUAUUCAUUGAGAGAUUAUAGAAACCAGCUCUUUAUGUUCUUUGUCUAGUCCCUUGAGUCUUGGUUGGAGGUUUAUUUUCCACACUUUAUUGACUGCUACAUUAUGUUCAUGGUUUAUUUUCUUUUCACGGGAUUAUUUUUGAAAUGUGGAUAUUUUGUUUGGGUAUCUACGACUA